UGGGCCAUUUCUUUCAUCAGCUGGCCCCAGAAAACACUGAGAUGUCAUUUCAGAAGACAAUUGAACAUGGUGCAGAUGGUCUUGAAACAGAUGUCACCAUUAGCUACGAUGGUGUUCCUUUUCUCAUGCAUGACAGCACCUUGAGCAGGACAACCAACAUCAAAGAGGUCUAUCCCAAUGACACUGCUCAAAAUGCAGCAUUGUUCUCCUGGGAUGCCCUGAAGGAGUUGAAUGCCGGAGCAUGGUUCCUAAAGGACAAACCUUUUUCAUGCAUGGGUUCCCUGUCAAGGGCAGAUCAAAACCAGGCAAUGAAUCAGUCAAUUUACAAGCUAAGUAAUUUCUUACGCCUCGCAGACAGUCAGAAUAAACUUGUGAUAUUUGAUCUCUACCGUCCUCCAGAGAAACAUCCUUACAGGAAUUCAUGGAUCAACAGAACCCUGGAAGUCAUCCUCAACGAGUCGGGGAUCAGACCCCACCUGGUCCUGUGGCUGGAGAAUGACAUGAGGUCCUUUGUUCAGUCUGUUGCUCCUGGCUUCCAGCAGACCAUGGGCAGUAAGGCCCCGGUUGAAGACCUGUUGAUGGAUAAUAUUGUCAAACUCAACCUGGCCUACACCGAAAUGUCCAGUGAAGAUAUUCGGUACGUUGCAGUUUCAGCCCCAAGAGCAGUCUGCGUGCUGACUAGAGAACGUUUGCUUCGUGUGUGUGGCAAUGUCUCCCUCCAGUGACCAACUCUGGGAUCG